UAAUAAUAUAUAAAUUAAUGCAGCUACACUUUUUUUUUCCGAUUUUUAUUUGCCUUUGCCACCACUAUCCCCACAAUCUCAUUUCAUUCCUCUCUCAUCUUCCUUACACUUUUUCCUUUUCCAACCUCUUCCUACCUUUUCCAUUCAACAAAAAUCGCCGUCAUGCCUGAAAAAGAGUGGAUUCAAUCGGCAAUCAUGGAUGACUCUGUCGUUGCUGAAUUACUUUUGCGUCUCAGCCAUGCCAAUCCAUUUCCAUCUCCGAUUCCGGCUCCGUUUCCGGCAAAGUCGAAGAGGGCAGGUUCACCGCUUGAGUGGUCUGUGCGUCGGAGCAGGUCUAAACCAGUUUCUGUUAAUGCUAAGAAGGCGGCUCCACGUGCUAGUCCUACUACUCCUUUGUCAUGGAGUGGCGCCACAUCUGUUAGUUGUGGAGGUGGUAGUGGUGGCGCCGUUGAUGGUGGCUGUGAAGAGUCUAGCGGAUCUCCUCAUCCGCUAUACAAAACUCCAAGCAGCACGAGAUCUAAGGUUUGGAUGUUUGUUCCUCUUCUUCUUCUUCUCUCUCUCUCACUCGAUGUGCGUGCUUUUCGUGUACGA